UUUGUUGCCAUUUUUCGGUCGCGAAUCUUUCGGAAUUUGUUUACGUGCGCGUACGCUUCGCAGUUCCUUCGGGGUGCACGUUUGAGCAGAUUCUGUCUGUGAUUUUUAGUGUUUUAAAGUGAUUUCAAAACUAUUGUGCUUGUGUAGUGAGUUAUACGGCCGACAACAAUUGGAUUCAGGAAUAUGGCAUGCAAAUAUCCAGACAGAUGGCUCGACUACUCCAGUAUCGGCGCCCAGGUCGAAGGAACGCAGUUCAUAGCCCUGAAGGUUCCACUGGCAGAGAAAUUUUUCAUUAAACGCGAGGAAGAGAGUUUCACCCCAAGUGAUGCCGUUCAGCAAAUCCCAAAUCUGGGUCUGGUGAUAGACCUUACAUUCACAUCGAAAUACUACAAUCCUUCGGAAUUUGAGAAACUCAACGUUCAACACAAGAAAAUUUUCACGAAAGGACACGAGGUUCCAAAAAGACAUCUGGUGAACAAUUUUAUACGCACGGUCAACGAUUUCUUGGCUGAGGAAGAGAACAAAGAUAAACUCAUCGGCGUACACUGUACUCACGGAUUGAAUCGAACAGGAUAUUUUGUUUGUGCAUACAUGAUCCUAGUACAGGGUCUGGAGCCCAAAUCUGCCAUUAGUGCGUUCAACGAUGCUCGAGCGCAUAAAAUGGAGCGGGCCAACUACCUGAACAGUUUACGAAGCUUAUCACCUGCAAGCUACAACCCUGAGCCUCAAACACACAACGAUGGACAGGAAGCGAUACACGACGCAAAUCAUUCUCGGGACAGAAGCCGAAGAGCUGCCAGAGGCUUCGAUAGUCAUCAUUCUGAUGGCAGGAAUGGCGACAACUGGCGGGAUCGAUCGCGAAACAAUGGCAACUGGCGGGAUCGAUCGCGGGAAGCUAGCAAUUGGCGGGAUCGACCACGAGAGAAUCGUAAUGGGUUCCUUCUUGAAGGUGGUACUGGUGGCAACUGGAGGGACGGAGACUAUCGUGACAAUGGGCGCUACAACAGAGAUGACCGGCAGCGUAAUCGUUCGCGUGAGAACCACAGAAGUUACGGCCGUUAUGAUAAUCACCAUCGGGAUGUUUGGAGAAGUAAUGGCGGCGAAGGGCGCUCAUCUGGUUAUGUCCCGAGGAACGGGGAACCUCAUCACAACAGAUACAAAUGGUCUCGUAAGGCCAACGAUGAGACGAUAAACGGUGCAAGUAACAACAGUACUCAAAAUAGUACCUGAUGUUGUUAUUUUAAUGUAUUGGUUUAAGUGAAUAAACAGUGAACUUCUGUUACAGUA